UCCAGAUCAACAAAUCUUAUAUUGGGGGAUCGGGGGGAUGAACGGGCUGUAAUUCGGGAAUUUUCCCGGUUCUGGAAGCUUAUCGGCGGAAACUCAGAGCGCAGCCUUGACUGUAGCGGCAGCUGUGCUGGAGAAAGACUGGAGGAUUUCUGGAAGUUUGGGAAAAACAGAGGAUUUACACGUUUUCCACACAUUUUAUUCUGAGGCUGCUGCUCUACACACAGCGGGUUCGGCUCAGUGUUGCCAGGCGACUCGCUAACAGGGCAUAACAGUCCCUCAGAAAACGUAUUUUCAGCGCUUAGUGGAGGAUGACGAGAGCCAGCCAGUGAGUGAGUGAGUGAGUAGGGGGAAUGGGUGGGGCUUUGUGUGACUGGAUUAAGUUAGUCAGUAGGAGAGGGAGGGGCUGAGGACUCACUGCUGAACAUCCCGGCUCCUCUCUGUCAGUGUUUAGAGACAUCAGAUGGAGGAGCUGUACUGACUCUUACUGAGGGUGUGUCUGAGGCCGGACUGAACGUUAGAAGAUGGUGCCGGGUUUGGAUUAACUGCUCUGAGGACUUGAGCUUGUCCUCUGCAUGGUGAUGGUGGUGGUUAUGAUGAUGAUGAUGGUGAUGACGAUGAUGAUGACUGGAGGAAAUCGGCGUGUGCUGUAGCGGCCUGUGCUGUUCUGCUCCCUCCCCCAGCUUGCUUCUGAUUCUCCAGUCGAUCUCCACCAGCUGAGGGAAGGGCAUGAAGAAAGCAGGCCAGUGGUCUAAGGAACAGGUCAGUCUCUGGCUGGCUGAAGAGGGCAUGCAGGAGUAUGUGGAGCCCCUCCAGCAAGCAGACGGGCAAGCCUUACUGCGCCUCUCUCAGGCUGACUUCCAGAAGCCUCCUCUAUCCCGAAUUUCACCAGACAGUGGAAAGCAGCUCCUGGAGAAGAUCAAGACACUGAACAUCGAGCACCAUAUAGAAGCACAUAAAAACGGUUUUGCCAAUGGUCACGUGGUCAUAUCUCACGAAGGUGAUGCUGGUGCCUCUAGCAAGACCAAACGGAACGGUUUGGUCAAUGGCUUUCAUAAGGAACUGGUGCGCAUUCCCAUUCCUGAGCCGGCUGGGCCGCAGUUCCCCACAGAAUGGGGCAAGACUGGCGUAGCCUUCUUGUAUGCAAUCUGUUGCUUCGUCUUCACCAGCAUCAUGAUUUCUAUAGUCCACGAGCGCGUGCCUCCUAAGGAGGCGACCCCUCCUUUACCCGACAAGUUCUUCGACCUGUUCGAUCGAGUGGAGUGGGCUUUCUCCGUAUGUGAGAUAAACGGGAUGAUCCUGGUGAUCUUGUGGAUCAUACAGUGGAGUCUCAUGAAACACAAGUCAAUUGUUGGUCGGAGGUUCCUGUUCAUUGUGGGGACCCUGUACCUGUACCGGUGUAUCACCAUGUACAUCACUACACUGCCUGUUCCAGGGAUGCAUUUCAAGUGUUCACCCAAGCUGUAUGGUGACUGGGAGUCGCAGAUGCGGCGGGGGAUGAAGAUGCUUGCUGGCGGGGGCUUGACCAUCACCGGCUCCCACAACCUGUGUGGAGACUACCUGUACAGCGGCCACACGGUCAUGCUGACACUCACCUAUCUCUUCAUGAAAGAAUACUCUCCUCGGCGGUUCUGGUGUUACCAUUGGGGCUGCGGGCUGCUGUGCGCUGUUGGGAUCUUCUGCAUCCUUCUGGCUCAUGACCACUACACUAUAGAUGUAGUUAUAGCUUACUUCAUCACUACACGCCUCUUCUGGUGGUACCACACCAUGGCCAACCAGCCAGAUCUAAAGAGGCCGUCUCGGACCAACUUCAUCUCUCGCGUGUGGUGGUACAGGUUUUUCCAGUACUUGGAGCAGAACGUGAAAGACGUGGUACCGCGGAGCUACCAGAUGCCCAUCUCAUGGCGAUCGCUGCAGUCGGGCCACGUGAAGUACAGCAGGAUUGACUCUGAUUAAACUGCAGUAUCCAACCGAGGAGGGGGGAAUCAAAACACUUGCCUUAAUAAGUGCCAGGACUCGAUCACAUGAGGAUGGUGAUGAUGAUGAUGAUGAUGAUGACCUAACAAUCUCCUAUUGUACAAGCCAAUCCCUUUAGUACUGAGCUACAAGGCACUGUGACUGUCAAAAACUCCUCCAAAGCACUUCAUUCCUCACACACUGCCCACGUUCCAUCUGCGUUUCACACCCAUUGUGCUACCGGAGGUCAGUUAGAGUGUAGACGUAGACAGGCUUAUGACUUUUUUAUAGCAGCUGCAGCAGCACAUGUUAGCAUUAGCAUUAGCAUAAAUGUUUCUGUGUGUGAUCUGACAUGACUGAGCCUAAUUUAAUUAUUAUUUAAAAAAAUAAAAAAAUAAAUCUGACUGACAUACCUGCACUCUAACCCCUCCCACAAGGCAGUAAACAAUGUCGUCCUCGUUUCAGAUGAUCUGAGAUUUGAGAUUAUCUGAUGAGCUCAAAUGCAAAGUACAAGUACAAAUGUCCCUUUAACUGCCAUCUCGUAGACUCCGCCCCCAACAAAAAGACCUCUAGUGGAAGGUAGAAGCAUAUUCGAAGAGAAUUGAUAUUUUGUAGCGAUUCGCUCAAACAUUUACAACUUCACAAAAAAAAAAUAAAACAAGUUUAUACGGAAAAUUAAAGUAUUUUUCACACAAAUUGUACAUUUUUAAAAAGUAUAUAUAUAUAUAUAUAUAUAUAUAUAUAUAUAUAUGUAAUAUAUAUGUAUAAAUAUAUGUGUACAUAUAUAUAUAGAGUAAAAGCAGACAAGUUCCUCAGUGCCUUUUCUUGACUGUACACUAAUCUUGUGGUUUAUGGAUAUACGGUUAUGUAUAUGUUUUUGUUGUCCUUCUGUUUUUUUUUUUUUUUUUUUUUUUGUAAUAGAAAAAAAGAACAAACUUGCUGACUUGCCGUCUUUCAGGAUCAUCCCAUUGACUUCUGUUUUAAGUCUAUUGACGAUUCAAGAGGAAAUGUCAAUUUGUGUCAAUUGUUCUGCCUGUAGAAGUGAACCAUAUGCUAUUAAUGCUACCUACAAGUUGAUUCUAAAUACUUUGAAUAUACUGAAGUAUUCACUGAAAGCGAGGCAGUGUAUGUCAUAUCUGUUCUCAAAAUAUUUGGCACUAUAUACUUACUUAGUAUUGGAUUAUUUCAGAAGACUUUCAGAAAGUUAUGAUGUUUGGCAGUAGUUUUCUCUAAUGAAAGUUAUUUGCAAGAUAUUUGUUUCCUGCAAAAAAAAUGUAUGAAGAGAAAAUUAAACUAGUAAAUAACUAUUGCUGGUAGAAUUGAUUUAUAAAUAUGAUUAAUUCGUAAUUAACCUGCUCAUAUUAUAUUUUACACAGUGAUCUUAGAAUAUUUCAUGUUGUAGUCCUGAAUAUGUUUCUCUGUAUUCUUUACAUAUUUUAUUAUCCUCCUUUUACCCUGUUCUUUCAUACUCAGAACUCUAGAUGAGAGACCACCACAGAUCAUGUGGCUAUUAUUAUUAUUAUUAUUAUUAUUAUUAUUAUUUGGGUGGUGGGUAAUUUAUUCUCAGCACUGCAGUGAUUAGCACUGGUCAGCAUGGUGGUGCAUGAGGUGUUAGUGUGUGUUGUGCUGCAGUGCUGCUGUAGUUUUUAAACAAACCAGCUGGACUAGUACUCAGAGUAGUCCACCAACCAGCAGUAUCCAGACACUAGGGUACUGUGGGCAGCAUCCUGAUGAAUAAACAACCACUGAAUACUAGAUCAUUACCAACACAAACUGUGCAGCAACAGAUUCAGAGCUUCUGUUGCCCCACGUUUGUCUUUUAUGGGUGUGUUUGAGGCUAUUUAAGGCUGUUUGCGUUGUUUUGCGAGUGGGCGUGAAUCAGCAUAGCCGGUUAGCAUGCUAGCAAGCAACUUAUGAGCCGUCCACUAUUUUUUUGUUGUUGUUUUUCAAUUUGUAUCCCAUUUUACACAGCCAAUUUCCUACUCAACCCACUCAACCCACUUAUUAGGACUAGUGAUGCCCCACAUGCCUCUUCCGAUCAUUCAGCUCUGCCAUCACCUGCCAGCGCUCAGAGCAAAAUUGGCCUUGCUUCCUCCGGGUGGGUAGAUGGCGCUCCCUCCCCACCUCACUGGAGGGUGAUGUCUGCAGCACAGGGCGUCUGUGAGCUGAUGUACCGGAGCCGAGACACUGUGCUUUCCUCCGAGCGCGCUGUGAUGCUGCUCGUCAAUGCUGCAUCAGCAGCAGCUCGAAAAGAGGCGGCGUCUGACCUCACAUGUGUCGGAGGAGGCAUGUGCUAGUCUUCACCCUCCUGGUGUGUUGGGGCAUUGCUAGUGAUGGGUGGAGUCCUAGUGAGUGGGUUAGGUAAUUGGCUGAGCAAAAUUGGGAAGAAACAUUUUUGAAAUAAAAUGAAAGAAAAACAGUGCUUAUUAGUCUCUCUGUCAUGUUCGGAAUUAAUAGUUCACAGAGCAGAAACUAUGGACAGACCCUUGUUUGUGAUUGGUCUGAAGCAUUUGUUUUACUGACUGUGUCAUUCAUUUGCAAAAAGUUUGCAAAUCUAUUUGUUGCUCUGUCACCGUGUUCCGGCUACAGAUCGCACCCUCCUAUAGGAAAUGAGUGGUUGCCUGCCAGUGUAAAUGCAGGUUUAGAGUGGAUCAGACACGGCAGUGCUGCUGGAGUUUUUAAACACCUCACAACAGGACUCAUUUUGCACAUAGUUGCAUUCAAAAUUGUUAAGCACAAGCUGUUGUUAAGCAUAAUUUUGUUGUUCAAAAUUGUUAAGCAUAAGCAUUGACAGCAAAAUCCAAUUUAUCUUGUACUUUAGUACUGGCUUGCAUUUUUUUUUCUAGUCUACUGUCUUGCCUUUAUGUCUUUGUCCUCUAUUGUCUUUCCCUGAACACUGAGUGUUUUAUUUAACCACCACAGUAACUGCAGGACUGUGGACGUUUUGGACGUUGGCAUUUGUGCAUGAACUCUUGCAUUAGUGUGCGUGCACUCUGUCAGUGUCUCACUGCACUGCAGUGCUAGGUAGGAGUGUGUAAUAGAGUUGGGGCCAGUGACAAAAUCGGUGUUUAAAAACUCCAGCAGCACUGCUGCAUCUAAUCCACUCCUGAACAUUUAAAGAACAGGGUGAAAGGAGUAUAACAAUAAAUUAUGCAGAGAAACAGAAACAGGACUACAGUCUGUCGUUAUUACAGAACUACAGAUCAGUGCCCCUGUAUGAUCAGUGUGUAGACAUUGUGUAGAAACAGGGAUGUUGUGAUUAAUAUUCUGAUAUGACUAUACUGUACAUUUACUUUAGUUACUACUGCUUGUAAUUGUUUUCCCCUUCACUUUUCUUAUAAACAAAAAAAAUUACACUCAUAUCUCAAGUUGGUAACACUUUACAAUAAGGGUCACAAAUAACUGUACUUAGGACGGUAAUAAACACUGUUAAAUGGCUAAGUAAUAUCUCCACUAAUUAUUAAUUAAUACUAGCUAAGACAUUAUUAUUAUUAUUAAGCAUUACUACAUUUUAAUGCUUAAGAAAUUUUGUAAAUAAUAAUGAAUAAAUUAAUUAAGACAUUAGUUAAAUCAUUUUUGUCAAUUAAUAAUUAGUUAAAGUAAGUAAUGUUAAUUAAUGUACCCUUAUUGUAACAUAUUAACCUUAAGUUCAAUGGGAACAUCAAUGAUUGUUACAUUGUUAUUGUUCUUGCUUUGAUUCUUGCCAGCAGUAGUUAUUUACUAGUUCCCUUUUUCUGAGCAUAUUAAUUCUUAAGCUGUAAAAGGAAGUAUUAUUGAAGCGGUGAUGACCACAAAGCUAACUCCAAUAUCUGUAAAAUUCUUUUUUUUUUGUUUUGUGUUGAGUUAUUUAUUGCUGUGUUUCUGUAAGUGUUCCACUCAGUGGAUUUUCACAGCUCUUCAUGUUCUGUUCUGUUCUGUAAUGUUCUUUUGUUAUUAUUGUCAAAGCCAAAAGGCCUGUGUGUGGUCUCUGCCUUAACUCCAGACUGUUGGGCAGGAGAGUGGAUUGGUCUCGUCUGUAGAGGUUUUGUUCUGCCGUGUUGUUCUGUUUGCUUAACCAGCAGGUUAGAACUCUCUCCACAAGCCAAUAACUAUAAGCUGUUUUUGUAAAAUGUCAAAUGAAAAAGGCUGCUAACACUUUUUGGCAAAUAAAUGACAACAUUUGAAGUGUC